AUGAAGCGACAGUUCAAUUCAUCGUCUCCGCCUUCAUCACCGUAUUCCGACUCUCAGAUCUCAGAUGAACUUGAACCUGUACGAAAACGACCGCGUAUUUUUGUUUCUUCGCCAACACCACCACCGGAAAGCUUGGAUGACAACGACCAGAAUGAAGACGAAAUUGUUGUUGAUGAACCCCUCGUCCCAUCUGCAGUUAUUUCGGAAGAAAGUCCUCUCGAUGAAGACAAUGAUAUUAUCGAAAUUGAAGAACAUGAUGAUGCUACACUUAUAAUUGUUUCGGAUUCUGAGAACGAUGACGAUCAAGACAUUAACAUUAUGGAUGACAUUAUUCCAUCAGUUUCUUCUCUCAGUGCUGAUAUUGAAAUUGUUCAUGAAGAAUUUACUUUGAUGGAUGAUGAGGAUGAAGAACAACUACACAUAGACGAUGAUGACAAUCAAUUGAGUAACGACGAAUUAAUCGACCUGACAGACGAUGGACCAACUUCUACAACAACUGCUUCUUCUUCUUCCGUUUUACUUGAACGUAAAUUAUCAAUCGACGUGCAGCAAUGUCCAAUUUGCCUCGAAACACUUUCACAUUUACAGCGAACAGGUGUUUAUCUGAUAAUCACCCCGUGUCGUCAUGUUAUGUGUACCUUAUGCAGUCGUCAACUACUGGCCACGUCAUCUCGGUGUCCCCUAUGUCGAGAGAACGUGAAUUCAAGAACACUAAUGCCAUAUUGUAUUCUUACUUGA